AUGGCGAUCGAAGGAGUCCCUGAAGAAAUGCUCGCUGUCCAGGUGGUAGAGUUCAACCAACCUUAUAAGAUCCAUAAGGUGCCCACUCCUACCAGCCUCAAACCACAUGAGAUCCUGCUGAAAACAGUGGUUGCAUCACUAUGUCACACCGACGGCAUGGUCGUCGCCGGCAAAUUUCCCACAAAACUGCCCUGCACGGCGUCGCACGAAGGCACGGGCAUCGUCGUUGCCGUGGGUGAUGAAGUCACCGAAUUCAAAAAGGGCGAUCGCGUCAUGUCCGGUCUCCCACGGAACCCGUGUCAGCAGUGCUUCAACUGCCAGGGUCCAAAGGACUGGCGGCAAUAUUGUCAGAAGAUCGAAGGAUACAUAGGUGUUUUCGUGGAUGGCGCUUUUAGCGAAUAUCACAUUGCCGAUGCACGGACUAGUUGCCACAUUCCAGAAAAAGUGAGCUUUGCGAAUGCAGCCCCCCUCGCUUGCGCCGGAUGUACGAUAUAUCGCGCCAUUUCUGUGGCUGAUGUACCGGACGGAGGGUGGUUAGGCAUCGUGGGUGCCGGCGGCGGGCUAGGCCACCUGGGGAUUCAGUUUGCUAUAGCCAAAGGGAUCUAUGUCGUGGCAAUUGAUGCGAGAGACGAAGGACUCGAGCUGUGCAAAAAAGCGGGUGCGCAGCACAUUUUCGAUGCGAGGGAAGGGAAAGAGAAGGUCGUGGAAAAGGUCCAAGAGCUCACGGGUGGCUUGGGUGUCCAUGCUUCGAUCAACGUCUCCGAGCACGAGACCUCGGCCGACAUGGCUUGUGCUAUUACCAGGAUGCAUGGAACCAUGGUGCAGACUGCGCAGCCGGACCGGGUCUCUGUGGCCUUCCAGGAACUGAUUUUCCGAGACAUUCGCAUCAGGGGGACGUUGAUUGCGUCACAGGAGGACAGCCAGGAAAUGCUGGACAAUGCAGGGAAGUACGGCAUCAAUGUGGAAACGAACCUCUUUUACGGACUGGAGGAGGUGCCGAAGAUGGUCGAGCUGGCACAUUCGGGCACGAUGAAAGGGAAGGCGGUCUGUGUGGUUGACAGGGCCGAGUUUGAAAAGGAGAACGAACGUUUAGGAGCGUCUCAUACGGCUUGA